AUGUCGACCUUCGAGCCAAUCGUCGUGAUUGAUGGCAAGGGACAUCUCCUCGGUCGCCUGGCCAGCACGGUCGCCAAGCAGCUUCUGAACGGCCAGAAGAUUGUCGUGGUCCGGUGCGAGGCUCUCAACAUCUCUGGCGAGUUCUUCCGCGCGAAGCUGAAGUACCAGGCCUUCAUGCGCAAGCAGACCCGCUUCAACCCUACCCGUGGAGGUCCCUUCCACUUCCGGGCCCCCUCCAAGAUGUUCUGGCGAACCGUCCGGGGCAUGAUGCCGCACAAGACCGCGCGCGGUGCCGCCGCCAUGGAGCGCCUAAAGACCUUCGAGGGCAUCCCCCCACCCUACGACCACAAGAAGCGCAUGGUCGUGCCCCAGGCACUGCGUGUGCUGCGCCUCAAGCCCGGCCGGAAAUACUGCACCGUUGGACGUCUGGGUCAUGAGUUCGGCUGGAAGUACCAGGACGUUGUUGCUAGACUCGAGGAGAGGAGGAAAGUCAAGGGCGCCGCAUACUACGAGCGCAAGAAGGCAGCACGGAGACAGCUCGCCGAGGCGCAAAAGAGCGCGAGCGUGGACGAGAAGACGAAGACGCAGCUCGCCGAGUACGGCUAUUAG